AGUGGCUAGCUCGUUGUCCGAGCCUACAGUGAGCCAGAUCUCGACGCAUGUUACUGUCGAAGUCGGAGCUGACAAAGCUAGAUCCUGACGCGACUGAGCCUACAGUGAGCCUGCGACGGUGCAUACCAGCUGUUGCUGAUGCAGAGCCGUGCAAGGGCCAUGACGCUAGGCUUCAAGCUCUUCUUCACAACAGUAUCCGCUGAUUCAAAGGAGAAACGACGAGUGAGGAGAGAAGCGAAGGUGGAUGGAGAAAUGUAGAGUUUAUCUCAAGCCUUGAUCUGGGUUUGAAAAACCCAAAUCUAUGUUUGUUUUGAUGAAGAAGCAGCAACAGCAGCAGGUCAAAUUGAUGAGUGGAAGAAAGCAUGGAGGCUUAC